CAUGUGUGAUGAAACUGCCACGUCGAGGACCAUCUGCACGCCUCUGCGCUGGUUCACAAACAUUUGUUCAAACAUUUUAGUUGUGUGAGUGUUUUUUACCUGCUGUGUGGCAACAUGCUGCUGAGUGUGCUGAGCUGGCUCUGCUCCUCCUCUCUGCUGCUGCUGCUGUCUGUCAGCGGGGGGAAGCUGCCCGAAGCUGAGGUGAAGAUAGAAGUUCUGCACAGACCUUUUCUCUGUCAUCGAAAAUCAAAGUAUGGAGAUAUCCUGCUGGUGCAUCAAGAAGGGUACUUUGAGAAUGGGACCAUGUUUCAUACCAGUCGAACUGAAGGUGACAAGAAUGCAAUGUGGUUUACGCUGGGCAUCAGAGAAGUGAUCAAAGGCUGGGACAAAGGCCUGCAGGACAUGUGUGCUGGAGAGAAGAGGAAACUGGUCAUACCUCCAGCCUUGGCCUAUGGAAAGGAAGGGAAAGGUAAGAUCCCACCUGAGAGCACACUGACCUUUGUUAUCGAGGUGCUUGAGAUCAGAAACGGGCCGAGGUCACAUGAGUCGUUCCAGGAGAUGGACCUUAAUGACGACUGGAGGCUCUCCAAGCAAGAGGUGAAAGAAUACCUGAGGAAAGAGUUUGAGCGCCAUGGCUACCCUCCCAACGACACUCUACACGAGAACAUGGUGGCGGAUAUCUUUGCCAAAGAGGAUGAGAACAAAGAUGGCUUCAUAUCCUCCAGAGAGUUUACUUACAAACACGAUGAACUUUAAAGGCUCACUCACGUAGUCUUUUAUAAGUUCAUUGUGGAAAUAUUGUGGUGCUUUGGAGUUGAUUGCACUCAGGUUAUCGUUUUAUAAAAGCAUUGCAUUUGUGUGGCGUGCGACAUGUAAACUCCUCCUGUGUAAAGAUUUGUGUGGUGGGAUUUGAGCCAAUGUUUGUUUUUUUUGUUUUUUGUUUUAGUGAUAUUUUGAAUUAGCAGAUAUUUGCAAGUUUUUUUUUUUAUCUGGAAAAAGUCAUAAAUGCAAAUGUGGCACAUUUACAUUUAAGAAAAUUAGACCAGGGUAAAAUGAUUCCAUACUUACAUUUUAAAGAUUUUUCAUUUGUUUGCAGAAUAUCUGUGGUGAAAAGGAGUAAAUGCCUGUAAGAAAAUAUUGGUUAAUAAACAUGUCUGUGAAAUUCCCCUGAAGGGAAAUGAAGUGUUUGCUUCCUUUUCAAAAUGUUGCCACAUUGAUGCUGUUUAGCUUUUUGUAGGUUUAUUUGGUAAUAAAGAGAGUUUGUUUAGUCAUGAAAUGUGAACUUCACAAGGACGAGCAGGUGUAGCUGAUAACAUAAAAGUUCCAUUUAAGUGCUUCUUAUAAUCCAGUAGACGCAAUAGAGGCACAACUAAAUGGAAUCCGACCAUGAUUAAUGCUAUUAGAGACACCUGUGUUUGAAAGGUCAAAAAAAUCUGAGAAUCUGAGAAAGUUCGAUUGCACAUGCAUACACUGCAAUGUCAAUGCUGAAUGAACGCAUUGUUCUGCGCUGAUCUGCAACAAGUGCACUUGUUGAAACGCACAUGGAAAAAGUAGAACGUUUAACAUCCUUUUUACUUUUUAAAAACUUGUAUAAUAAUAACUAAAUCUCUGUAGGCUUGGUGAGAUUAACUUUGCAUGUUUUCUUUAACAAUGUGCCAGAGGCUGUUUUGUUUUUUUCAGACAGACCGAGAAAACCAGAAAAUGUUCCCACACUGUCAACUAGAAUCUAGACUAUCCUGUUUCUGUAACUUUGGGGUUUGAACUUCUUCUCUGAAAACACAUCAAAACAAAAUUUUAUGUCAAUGUGAUCAAUAAAUUGGCAACUUUUUAAACAAAAUACUGUGGUUUAUUUGGAGGUCACACCUUGUAAUACUUUACACAUUGAACCAGCAGGUGGCACUGUCUUCACAGGUGUUAGUAUUGGUUAAUCCACUGGGAGAAAGGAAAGAGUAUAUCUCAUUCAUUAUCUAUUCAUAACAGUGUAACUUAAAACAGACGCUUUCCCAUAGUCUUAACGUGUCAGUUAACUGCUACACUUUUAUGAAUUCAUUUAUCAUUUCUUU